GAGAGAAGCUAAAGGCUGAAGCAGAACUGACUUCAGAUCAGAAGAUGAGUGGUUAUGAGGAGGACAGAUCAGAGUCUCUGCUCUCCGGCUGUCAGUCUAUGAAGAAUGAUCGGUCCAAAGAUCAACCUCUGAAUUUCAGUCCUGAAUGUGGACCCUCAGACUCAAAACUGACUUCAGAUCAGAAGAUGAGUGGUUAUGAGGAGGAAGAGGAGGACAGAUCAGAGUCUCUGAUCUCCGGCUGUCAGUCUAUGAAGAGUGAUCGGUCCAAAGAUCAACCUCUGAAUUUCAGUCCUGAAUGUGGACCCUCAGACUCAAAUAAGAGAAAGGGAAAGAGGAGUCCUGUUCCUGAGGAGGAGCUGAUGUCCAGAACCAGCACUGGACCGCAGCCAGCCAGUGAGAGCAGCAAUGUACAAAAUUCUGGUCUACAGGAGGUUUUAGAUGAACAUAAGAUCAGUCUGAAGAAGAGAUUUGAACGUGUGACUGAAGGAAGCGGUGAAAGAGGAAGUGGAACCCUCCUCAACAGCAUCUACACGGAGCUCUACAUCACAGAGGGACUGAGUGAAGAGGUUAAUAUCCAACAUGAGGUGAGGCAGCUCGAGUCUGCUUCCAAGAAGAAGACCCUCCAAGACACUCCCAUCAAGUGCCACGACAUCUUCAAAGCCUCAGCUGACCAGCAGAGACGCAUCAGAGUGGUUCUGACCAACGGCGUCGCUGGCGUUGGAAAAACCUUCUCGGUGCAGAAGUUCACUCUGGACUGGGCCGAGGGUUUGGAGAACCAGGAUGUCGGUCUGGUGGUUGUGCUUUCGUUCAGGGAGCUGAACCUGAUCAAAGAUGAGCGGUACAGUCUUCUCGAGCUGCUCCAUGUGUUCCAUCCAACAUUACAGAAGGUCCCAGCAGAGGAGCUCUCUGGCUGGAAGGUUCUGUUCAUCUUUGAUGGUCUGGAUGAAAGUAGACUGGCUUUGGAUUUUAUCAACAAUGAGGUUGUGUGUGAUGUCACACAGAAGGCAUCGGUCAACGUGCUGCUGACGAACCUCAUCGAGCUGAAUCUGCUUCCCUCGGCUCUCGUCUGGAUAACUUCCAGACCUGCAGCAGCCAAUCAGAUCCCUCCUACUCAUGUUGAUAGGCUAACAGAAGUACGAGGCUUCACCGACCCCCAGAAGGACGAGUACUUCAGGAGGAGAUUCAGUGAUGAAGAGCUGUGCAGCACCAUCAUCUCACACAUCAAGACAUCCCGGAGCCUCCACAUCAUGUGUCUAAUCCCAGUCUUCUGCUGGAUCACUGCUACAGUUCUGGACCACAUGUGGACUGCAGGCCAGAGAGGAGAGCUACCCAAGACCCUGACCGACAUGUAUUCACACUUCCUGCUGGUCCAGACAAAGAGGAAGAAUCAGAAGUACCGUGAGGGACAUGAGACGAGUCCUCAGGAGCUGAUGGAGGCUGAAGGGGAAGUUCUUCUGAAGCUGGGAAGGCUGGCAUUUGAAAAUCUGGAGAAAGGAAACAUCAUGUUCUACCAAGAAGACCUGGAGCAGUGUGGUCUAGAUGUCACAGAGGCCUCUGUGCUCACAGGAGUCUGUACAGAGAUCUUCAGAAGAGAGAGUGUGAUCUUCCAGAAAACUGUCUACUGCUUUGUUCACCUGAGUGUUCAAGAGUUCCUGGCUGCCGUCUACAUGUUCCACUGUUUCACACACAGGGAGAUAAAGGUACUGGAGGACUUCAUGGGAGAAGACUACAAGCAUUCGUCUCUGGGGAACUUCCUGAAGAGAGCCAUGGAGAAAUCCCUCAAAAGUGAAAAUGGCCACCUGGACCUGUUAGUCCGCUUCCUUCAUGGCCUCUCUCUGGAGUCCAACCAGAGAGUCUUAGGAGGCCUGCUGGGUCAGACAGACAACAGUCCAGAAACUAUCCAGAGAGCUAUCAACAACCUGAAGGAGAUGAACAGUGAUGAAAUCUCUCCUGACAGAAGCAUCAACAUCUUCCACUGUCUGAUGGAGAUGAAGGACCUCUCAGUUCAUCAGGAGAUCCAGGAGUUCCUGAAGUCAGAGAAUCGAUCAGAAGAGAGACUCUCAGAGAUCCACUGCUCAGCUCUGGCCCACAUGCUGCAGAUGUCAGAGGCAGUUCUGGAUGAGUUUGACCUGAACAAGUACAACACAUCAGAGGAGGGACGACGGAGACUGAUUCCAGCUGUGAGGAACUGCAGAAAGGCUGAACUUUCUAUCUGUCGACUCUCAGAGACUCACUUUGAAGUUGUGGCCUCAGCCCUGAAGUCCAACCCCUCCAAUCUGAGAGAACUGGACCUGAGUCAUAUCAACCUGCCGGAUUCAGGACUGAAGCUGCUGUCUGCUGGACUGGAGAGUCUUCACUGUAGACUGGAGGUUCUGAGGUUGAGGGACUGCUGUUUGUCAAAGAUCAGCGGUUCUUCUCUGGCCUCAGCUCUGAAGUCCAACCCCUCCAGUCUGAGAGAACUGGAUCUGAGUAACAACAAGCUGCAAGAUUCAGGACUGAAACUGCUGUCUGCUGGGCUGGAGAGUCCUCAUUGUAGACUGGAGACUCUGAGGUUGAUAAGCUGCAAUUUGUCGGAGAUCAGUUGUUCUUCUCUGGCCUCAGCUCUGAAGUCCAACCCCUCCAGUCUGAGAGAACUGGAUCUGACUCUAAACAACCUGCAGGAUUCAGGUGUGAAGCUGCUGUCUGCUGGACUGAAGAGUCCACAUUGUAGACUGGAGACUCUGAGGUUGAGGGACUGCGGUUUGUCAGAGAUCAGCUGUUCUUCUCUGGCCUCAACUCUGAAGUCCAACCCCUCCAGUCUGAGAGAACUGGAUCUGAAUCACAACAUCCUGAAGGAUUCUGGGGUGAGGCUGCUGUCUGCUGGACUGGAGAGUCCACAUUGUAGACUCGAGACUCUGAGGUUGAGGAGCUGCUGGUUGUCAGAGAUCAGCUGUUCUUCUCUGGCCUCAGCUCUGAAGUCCAACCCCUCCAGUCUGAGAGAACUGGAUCUGAGUAAGAACAACCUGAAGGAUUCUGGGGUGAAGCUGCUGUCUGCUGGACUGGAGAGUCCAGACUGGAGACUGGAGACUCUGAGGUUGAGGAGCUGCAGUUUGUCAAUGAUCAGCUGUUCUUCUCUGGCCUCAACUCUGAAGUCCAACCCCUCCAGUCUGAGAGAACUGGAUUUGAGAUACAACAAACUUCAGGAUUCAGGACUGAAGCUGCUGUCUGCUGGACUGGAGAAUCCACAUUGUAGACUGGAGAUUCUGAGGUUGAGGAGCUGCAGUUUGUCAAUGAUCAGCUGUUCUUCUCUGGCCUCAGCUCUGAAGUCCAACCCCUCCAGUCUGAGAGAACUGGAUCUGAGUUACAACAACCUGAAGGAUUCUGGGGUGAAGCUGCUGUCUGCUGGACUGGAGAGUCCACAUUGUAGACUGGAAACACUGUGGUUGAGGGACUGCAGUUUGUCAAGGAUCAGCUGUUCUUUUCUGGCCUCAGCUCUGAAGUCCAACCCCUCCAGUCUGAGAGAACUGGAUCUGAGUUACAACGAUCUGAAGGCUUCAGGAGUGAAGCUGCUGUCUGCUGGACUGGAGAGUCCAGACUGGAGACUGGAGACUCUGAGAUGGGAGUGAGUCAACCAUCAUCUCUGUGUUACUCUGGACCUGAUCAGAGGAUCAUCAGUGGAUCUGGACUUAGUUUAGUUCUGGCUCCAGCAUUGAGUAUCACCAGGUCACAUUUAGUUUAUUACAGAUUAAUGCUAGUCGUCACGUUUCAUGUGAGGAGCUUCUUCCCUCACAAAUCAAUGUUGAAUCAGUCGUUAUCACAACGUUCAUGUUCUGGUUCCUCGUGAUGGAGCUGGAUUAUAAAACAAGACUCAAUUUAGUUUUAAUGUCAGAGAAAAUAUUUACUCACAUGGCAUUAAAGUAUUAAAUGCUCUGAGUUUUUGAUAAUCAAUGUUUUUAUAUCUUUAUGCAUUUUAUGUUCAAGGCUUUUUUCCUCCUGUAACAAUAAAGUUGAAGUAAAAUGAA